AUGCUCCAUGUGUGUGUCCCUCAGGUGGAGACGGUAGGAGAGAGGAUAGUCUUAUACAUCCUCAAUCGUGUCGUGUAUAGAGCCCAGGAGAUGAGCUCUGAAGAGCUCCCCUUCCUCUGCCACGGAGAGAAAGAUCAUGCAAAGAUCCUCUGGAGUCAUGGAGAGGCUGUCGGCUUCUACUCAGUCAAACCCCAAGGUACCCUUUGUAAUUCCUAUUCAACCAGAAGCUAUCAGCUGACUGUCAUGGACUCCAUAUUUGUUAGAAAAGGUCAGCGUGGGAAUGGCUUCGGCCUCCAGAUGCUGGAGGACUUCGUGCUCAGUUCCAAAGAGGACUGUCUGGGUCUGAGGUACCCGCUCACAAAACCCAUGUAUAAAGUGUGUGAGAAGUACCUGUGCCAGUACCCAGAAGACACACAUCUGCUGUGGGAGGUGACCGUUGAUUCCUGGUAG